UAUGUCUAUGCUUUAUACACUGUCCUUUAGCGGCUUGACUGCGCAUGCUCAGUAGUGUCCCAGUGGCCAGGACCCAUGAGUGUGUACCACAGUGCAUUUAAUAUCUUUCUGCUGUCCUUCAGCGGCUUAACUGUCCUUCAGCCACCGUAACCAUGCUCGGAGCAGCUGCACGCUGCUGUUGCAGCGCUCCAAAGGCUUUUAAGCCUGCUAUCAACUCAUUGAAGACUUUUGGCGGCCGACAUGUGAACUUUACUCCGGGGCGAGGCUAUACAAACCCAGCUGCUCAGGCAGCUCUGGCCAAUGGUCGCAUCGUGGCUGUAAUUGGUGCUGUGGUUGAUGUCCAGUUUGACGAAGGCCUUCCCCCCAUCCUCAAUGCCCUGGAGGUGGCAGGCCGUGAGAGCAGGCUGGUUCUUGAGGUGGCUCAACAUCUCGGUGAAAACACUGUUAGGACAAUCGCCAUGGAUGGCACAGAGGGUCUGGUUCGUGGGCAGAAGGUUCUUGACACAGGGGCCCCAAUCAGAAUCCCUGUAGGGCCGGAAACUUUGGGUAGGAUCAUGAACGUCAUUGGAGAACCCAUUGAUGAACGUGGUCCAAUUAGCACCAAAGAGACUGCUCCUAUCCAUGCUGAAGCCCCUGAAUUCACAGACAUGAGUGUGGAGCAAGAGAUAUUAGUCACCGGAAUCAAAGUUGUAGAUCUGCUCGCCCCCUACGCCAAGGGUGGAAAGAUUGGUCUGUUUGGAGGCGCAGGUGUGGGCAAGACUGUGUUGAUCAUGGAGCUGAUCAACAACGUGGCCAAGGCUCACGGUGGCUACUCCGUGUUUGCUGGAGUGGGAGAGCGCACCCGUGAGGGCAACGACUUGUACCACGAAAUGAUUGAGUCUGGUGUUAUUAAUCUGAAGGACACUACUUCUAAGGUAGCGCUGGUGUACGGUCAGAUGAACGAGCCUCCAGGUGCUCGCGCAAGAGUCGCUCUCACCGGCUUGACUGUGGCCGAGUAUUUCCGUGAUCAAGAGGGACAGGAUGUGCUUCUUUUUAUCGACAACAUCUUUAGGUUUACCCAGGCUGGAUCAGAGGUGUCUGCCCUGUUGGGUCGUAUCCCGUCUGCUGUGGGGUACCAGCCCACCUUGGCCACUGAUAUGGGUACAAUGCAGGAACGAAUUACAACCACCAAAAAGGGUUCCAUCACUUCAGUACAAGCCAUCUACGUGCCUGCAGAUGACUUGACCGACCCCGCUCCUGCCACAACCUUUGCUCACUUGGAUGCCACCACCGUGCUGUCCCGUGCCAUUGCUGAGCUCGGCAUCUACCCGGCUGUGGACCCGCUUGAUUCCACCUCCCGCAUCAUGGACCCCAACAUUGUUGGGUCUGAGCACUAUGACAUUGCUCGAGGUGUACAGAAGAUCCUCCAGGACUACAAAUCCUUGCAGGACAUCAUUGCUAUUCUGGGUAUGGAUGAACUGUCCGAGGAAGACAAGCUGACUGUAGCCCGUGCUCGUAAGAUCCAGCGUUUCCUGUCCCAGCCUUUCCAGGUGGCUGAAGUCUUCACUGGCCACAUGGGAAAGCUUGUGCCUCUGAAGGAAACAAUCAAAGGCUUCCAGAGCAUUCUCGGAGGUGAAUAUGAUUCCUUACCUGAGCAGGCUUUCUAUAUGGUGGGUGCCAUUGAAGAAGUGGUUCAAAAGGCUGAGAAACUGGCAGAGGAACACUCUUAAAUGCUGACAUAUGGAUUGGUUCUCUAAACUGUACAGUAUCAUUUCUAUUGAGGAACUUUUGAUAUGUCUUGCUAUUAAGUAUGUUGUCUUUUUCUUAUACUGAUCCGGAAAAACUUAAAAGGAUAUUAAAGAUGACAUUGUAAUAUAUAAUAAUGCUCGUAGU